UAAUUUAUGUAAUAAGUAGAUCUGCAAAAACCCAACAAUUUUCUUAUCACUGCUCUAAGUAAUUGUGGAAUAGAAAAGAAAUUGAUUGAGGCAUGGAUGAGCAGCAGCUGCCCAAACUUGAAAUGCCAAGAGUCAAACUUGGUACCCAAGGCCUUGAGGUCUCUCAAUUGGGGUUUGGUUGUAUGAGCAUUUCUGGAGAAUACAAUGAUCGGCUCUCUGAAGAAGCGAGUAUUGAACUGAUUAAAGAAUGCUUUAACAAAGGGAUCACAUUUCUAGAUACAGCUGAUGUCUAUGGUGGUUACCAUGCUCAUGAGAAAUUGAUUGGAAAGGCACUGAAGCUGCUGCCUCGAGAAAAGAUUCAAUUGGCCACAAAAUUUGGCAUUUUCAAAUUUGAUUCCAAUGGGAUUACUGUAAAAGGUACUCCCGAAUAUGUACGCUCUUGUUGUGAGGCUAGUCUUAAGUACCUUGAUGUGGAAUACAUUGACCUUUACUAUAUACAUCGAAUUGAUACAACCGUGCCUAUCGAAGAAACUAUGGGGGAACUUAAGAAGUUGGUUGAAGAGGGUAAGAUAAAGUAUGUUGGCCUAUCCGAAGCUAAUCCAGACACAAUUAGGAGGGCACAUGCAGUUCAUCCCAUUACUGCUCUGCAAAUGGAAUAUUCCCUUUGGACUCGUGACAUUGAAGAAGAAUUUAUCCCGCUUUGCAGGGAGCUUGGGAUUGGGAUAGUUCCUUAUAGCCCUCUUGGACGUGGUUUUUUGGCUGGCAAGGCAGUCAAGGAAACUAGUGCUUCGGUUAUUUUUCCUAGAUUUGCAGGAGAUAAUUUUGAGCAGAAUAAGACUAUUUACAAUCGAUUAGAAGUACUAGCUCUAAAGCAUUUAUGCACGCCUGCCCAACUUGCACUUGCCUGGGUUCUCCAUCAGGGGGAUGAUGUAGUUCCUAUACCUGGAACGACUAAGAUUAAGAAUCUUGACAAUAAUCUCGGUUCCUUGAGAAUUAAACUCACGGUAGAUGAUCUGAAAGAGAUUUCUGAUGCAGUCCCUAUCAACGAGGUAUCAGGGUCAAGGGCUAGUGAGACUCUCCUGAAAACCUCAUGGAAGUUCGCAAAUACACCACCACCAAGAAAGUAGCAAGCAGUCAAUUCAAUGUGCAUUCCAAUAAAAGUAGCUGGGAAGAAAACCAAGGUCUCCUUGUUGAUUCAUACCUGUAGGCGACCAACGAUAUUCAUACUGGCAUUUGAAGCUGAUUUAAGAAGCUCAUGCCGUCUCACAUCUUUUUUUCCCACACUGCAUAUUUCAUCUGUUGAUCACAUGACAAGAGUUCUUCAUAUUGAGCUAUAUUUCUAUAGAAACAGUAAUGAAUUGUGUAGUGAAAUUUGUUAUUCUCAUAUAUCAGACUUAUCUGAUGUAUACAGUUUGCUAUUAAUUAUGUGAGUUUGUGUCUUUUGAAUAUUUGGAACGUAACAAUUCUUCUGCCUAGUUCUACUUCUAUAUGGCUGUAGUGAAUGUAAUAGAGAAGCAGACUUGAAAAAUGAAUGUUUGUGUAUGUGUGUAGUGGGCACAGAUCAAAUAUUCAAAUGUACACACGAGGGAGAGACAGAUAAAUGAAUGUGUAUGUUGUAUA